AUGAACUCCUCUUUACGAUACCCGUAUGUACGCCGUAGUACUGCUCAUAUCGACGGUGACGCCCUGCAGCAUUUGCUCCUUAAUGAAAGGGUAUGGAGUAAUGCAUUUAGUAAGCAGCCAAGAAAUGAUGAUUCUCGUAAACAAAGCAAAUGGGCAACUUUUAUAGGAUAUCUCCAGUUCGUCUACGAGAAAUCACGGGUUCACUACCUCUUUCCGAUUAUACUACUAUUUGCCUAUUCCCUUCUUGGUGGGCUCAUAUUUUGGUCUAUAGAAAAAUCUCAUGAGGAAGUGAUACUAAGGGACAAGAGCAAUUUCAUCGAUGCACUGAAGGAAGAGCUACUGAAUGUUGUUAUGCGCGUACAUGACCGACUUUCUGAGUACAAUAGAGCAUACGCAAAUAACUCUUAUGUGCGAAAAUUACACUAUCGAGCAUAUCGGAAGUUUGCGCUCAACGAAAUACACAAGACAGUUUACUGGUAUACGCUGACAAUUUUCUACCUCACUGAAAAUGAAACUCACAAAGCAAUGGCACUUCGUCCUCAGAACGCAGAAUCGAUGUGGCGGCAACAUUUCGAGAGUAACUUUGGACGCAUCCAUGCGCUGCGGAAUUACACCGAUCAAUUAGCUCUACGAUGUUGGGAAAUUGGAGUUGAAGGUUCAUAUAUGGGAUGGCAAAGGCCCUUGUAUAGACAAAAGAUCAACGACAGUAUGACCGACUACAAUAUAGCGGUUGGGCUGGAUAACGUGCUAACACCUGUGUGGACGUUUUGGAACGCUAUGUUUUUAGCAGUGACCACCUACACCACAAUCGGUUACGGUAAUAUCACAGCAAAGACCAGGUUGGGAAAGUUGGCAGCUAUGGUCUAUGCAGUGAUUGGAAUUCCGCUUGUGCUAAUGAUACUUCACAAGUUGGGACGGUUCUUCCUUCUUGUGCUAGAACACGUCUGGGACUUCUUUAUGCGAGGCGCGGAAUAUCUGUGUUUCGUAUCAAGCGGAAGCCGACUAAAGCUAUCCGAAGAAGAACGGAUCUCCGAAAUGCCGUUGCUCCUAGCGUUAGGCGUCGCAUUUGGUUGGAUGUUCCUCUGUGCUGCAAUUUUCUUACGUUUUGAAAAAGAUUGGGACUAUUUCAAGAGUUUUUACUUCUUCUUUUGCUCUCUAACCACGAUUGGAUACGGUGACGUGACACCGACAAAAAGCGAGGAUAUGUUCAUCAUAUUUGGUCUCAUUAUGAUCGGUUUAUCUUUGGUUUCGAUGUGUAUCAACGUAAUUCAGCUCAAACUGGAAAAAUUGUUCGAGGAACUGUUAUUAACCCUUAUGGAAGAAUACAGCUCAGAUCCAGAAGGCAAUAACUUAGAAGGAGGACAAAUUGGAAUGAUUGAAAUGUGGCGAGUAUGGAAGAAGCGUAAAUCACGUUUACGUAAUGGUCUCGCUCCAGCAAGACAAGCAGCUGGAAAAGCAAGUCAAAAUCUGGCUAAGGUACUUCCAUUCGCUCGACGUCGAGACCGACAUCAUCUUAUCCAAGAACUGCAUCAUCGGCUUCGCAUGAGAGACCGCGCCACCCAAACGGACAGCAUCUUCGGACCGAUUCUCGAAGAAGCUUGGACCGAAACCAGCGAUGUUGAUAGUUACACUACCAGUUGCAGUGUUCCGUACGAUAGUGCCGGUGGUGGUUUCCUAGUGUUGGAAGCACCUGUUGUUGCAUGUCCAUCAAGGAGCGAAUCGCAUCCUGUAGUUGUGAAAGCUGAACAAUCGUUGGCAUCAUCAUCACACAAUUCUUCACGUUUGACCAAUCUCAGCAAUAACAGUAAACCUCGUUCGGCUAGUAGCGCUAUUUCAAAAAUCUCCUCACUGUCUACCGUUUCGAGCCGUAACAGCAAAACUUCUUCUGCGAAAUCAGCACCGGUUACAGUUUCACCGGCUCAGUUCCCUAUGGAUUUUGAUCCUAAUCGAAGAUGGACAUUCGUCGGAACUGGCAAGACAGCACGUGGAGCACCUCGGGGACUUGUUGUUCCAUACAUGUACACAGCUCGACAGGAUAAUCAGGUACACACUAACGAAAUGCGCCGUCUUAUCGCUGAACUGGAUAUUCGUUUACGUGAUUGUCGCAUCUUGAAUAGUCCACGAUCGUCAACGAUGAGCUCGUACUCGAAAUAA